AACAGUGCAAGCGGUUGACGAUAGAGCUGAGGCGCAUUAGCCGGCGACUGCAGGAAAGAGCGACACUCACCGCAGAAACCGCGUUUGAAAGCCCAGUAUCUGGGUGUAACAUUUACUUUUAUUUCAGGUCGUCGGAUAAGAAGCCCGUUUGAGUGGAUAAAACCGCACCAGUGAGGAAAAAGGCGGAUUGUUUCUCUCUCCGGCUUGACUAGAAUUAGUCUGGAUUUGAGAAUGUCGGGGAGCCGAGAGGAGGAGCGGCGGAAACUCGCCGACAUCAUCAACCACUGGAACGCCAACCGGCUCGACCUGUUCGAGAUCAGCCAACCGACCGAGGACUUAGAGUUCCAUGGCGUGAUGCGCUUUUACUUCCAGGAUCGAAUGGCGGGGAACUUCGCCACAAAGUGUAUCCGAGUGUCCAGCACGGCGACCACGCAGGAUGUGAUCGAGACGCUGGCGGAAAAGUUCAGACCGGAUAUGAGGAUGCUGUCUUCUCCCAAAUACUCUCUCUAUGAGGUCCAUGUCAGUGGCGAAGAGAGGAAACUGGACUUGGAUGAGAAACCACUGGUCGUACAGCUGAACUGGAACAAAGACGACAGAGAGGGCCGCUUCGUUCUCAAGAACGAGAACGACAUCAUGCCCAAGAAAUCACUGACAAAUGGCCCUGAGAAAGAGAAGGAGGGGGUGAUCCAGAACUUCAAAAGAACACUGUCCAAGAAGGAGAAGAAGAAAGAGAAGAAGAGGGAGAAGGAGGCCUUUUCCAGAAUUCCAGAUGGAGACGAUCACACACUGAACCGCGAGGAUGGAGAGAACUCUAGGUUGGCUGCUGAGGUAUAUAAAGACAUGCCAGAGACCAGUUUCACACGGACCAUUUCUAACCCCGAGGUGGUGAUGAAGAGGAGACGACAGCAGAAGCUGGAGAAGAGGAUGCAAGAAUUCCGCAGUGGAGACGGUCGACCGGACUCAGGAGGGACUCUGAGGAUCUAUGCCGAUAGUCUGAAGCCAAACAUUCCCUACAAGACCAUCCUGCUCUCAACUACUGAUAUGGCUGACUUUGCUGUGGCCGAGGCUCUGGAGAAAUACGGUCUGGAGAAGGAAAAUCCCAGAGAUUACUGCAUCGCCCAGGUGAUUCAUGCAAAUGAUAAACCAGUGAAGGAGACUAUACUAGACGACACAGAUUGCCCUCUGCAGAUCCUCAGAGACUGGACAAGCGAUAAAGAGGCCUUGGUAUUCCAGCUGAAAAUGCGUCCUCCAGACUAUGCUCCAAGAAAAGGACGUAAGCCCGACAACAGGAUGGGACCGCCUCACGGAUCCAUUCCUCCCGAGAAACUGCCCUACCUGGUUGAACUGAGCCCAGGGCGAGGGAGUCACUAUGCCUACUACUACUGCCAUCAUGAAGAUGGGUCAGACUCCAGGGAUAAACCCAAACUUUACCGAUUACAGCAUAGCCUCACUGAGGUUGGAUCUGACCGGAGUGAAGAAGGAAACAUUCAGCUGUUUGGGCCUGGGAUUCUGCCUCACCACUGUGAACUGAUGCAUGAGGACGGGCUGGUGACUGUGACCCCUGUCAGUUUGGAUGCUGAGACAUUCGUGGAUGGACAGCGAAUCUCUGACACUACGGUUCUGCGCAGCGGGGUGACCGUCCAGUUCGGAGCCACUCACGUCUUCAAAUUCGUAGACCCCAGCUAUGACCACAGCAUGUCCAAGAGAGACCCAGGGCCCAUGAUGAAGGGCAGACACAAAUCAGGAAGUGUCCCAGAAACGACCUUUGACCUUCACGGGGACUUUCAUAGUGGCUCUGCUCUCCCUACAAGCAAGAGCUCAGGGAAGCUGGAGAUGGAGCGUUCAGGAAACAGUGAAAGAGGCCUGGUGAAGCCCAUGAUUAGAGGAGAACAACAGGACUUUAACAAACAUGAUGGAAGGUCCCAGGACGGCCCAGAGCUCACUCUGCCGGCCAGCAUCGAGUUCAGGGAAAACUCCGAGGAUGCCUUCCUGUCUGCCAUCAUUAACUACACCAACAGCUCAACGGUGCACUUCAAGCUGUCUCCCACCUACGUGCUGUACAUGACCUGCCGUUACGUCAUGUCCAGCCAAUACCGGCCUGACAUCAGCCCCUUUGAGCGAACACACAAGGUCAUCGCCAUUGUCAACAAGAUGGUGAGCAUGAUGGAAGGAGUUAUCCAGGAGAUUGCUGAAGGUGAUCAGAAACAGAAGAAUAUCGCCGGGGCUCUGGCCUUCUGGAUGGCUAAUGCCUCAGAGCUGCUGAACUUCAUCAAACAGGACAAGGAUCUGAGUCGCAUCACGCUAGAUGCACAGGAUGUUCUCGCUCACCUGGUUCAGAUGGCUUUUAAGUACCUGGUGCACUGCCUGCAGUCAGAUCUGAAUAACUACAUGCCAGCUUUCCUGGAAGAUCCCGAUGAACAGAACCCACAGAGGCCCAAGAUAGAGGACGUUCUGCACACAUUAACGGGCGCCAUGUCUCUUCUGCGGCGGUGCCGUGUCAACGCGGCCCUCACCAUUCAGCUGUUCUCGCAGCUCUUCCACUUCAUCAACAUGUGGCUCUUUAACAAGCUGGUGACAGAGGCAGACUCGGGCCUGUGCUCGCACUAUUGGGGCGCCAUCCUGCGACAGCAGCUCAGCCACAUCGAGGCGUGGGCUGAGAAACAGGGUUUGGAGCUGGCCGCAGACUGCCACCUCAGUCGCAUAGUGCAGGCAACGACCCUCCUCACCAUGGACAAAUACUCCAUGCAAGAUGUGCAGAACAUCAACAACACCUGCUUCAAGCUCAACUCUCUGCAGCUCAACGCUCUGCUGAGCAACUACCACUGCGCUCCUGAUGAACCCUACAUUCCUCCUGAGCUGAUUGAUCACGUGGUGACUGUGGCCGAGAACACGGCGGACGAACUGUCCCGAAGCGAUGGGCGGGAAGUACAGUUGGAAGAGGACCCUGACCUCCAGCUGCCUUUCCUACUGCCCGAGGACGGCUACUCGUGCGACGUGGUGCGGAACAUUCCCAAUGGAUUCCAAGAGUUCCUAGAGCCGCUUUGCCAGAGAGGUUUCUGUCGAUUGACACCUCAUCCACGCUCUCCGGGAACUUGGACCAUCUAUUUUGAAGGAGCCGAUUGUGACAGUCACUUCUCAGCUGACACGUCAGAACUGCCAAUGCGGAAGGAACCGGAAAUUGUGACAGUGACUUUGAAGAAACACAAUGGGAUGGGCCUCAGUAUUGUGGCAGCCAAGGGUGCCGGACAGGACAAACUUGGCAUUUACAUCAAGUCUGUUGUCAAAGGAGGUGCGGCAGACGUGGAUGGGCGUCUGGCUGCAGGAGACCAGUUGCUCAGCGUGGAUGGGCGAAGUCUGGUCGGCCUCUCACAAGAGAGGGCGGCGGAAUUGAUGACACGAACCGGCUCAGUCGUAACACUCGAGGUGGCCAAACAGGGAGCCAUUUACCACGGUCUGGCCACGCUUCUCAACCAGCCGUCCCCCAUGAUGCCCCGCGCAUCAGACCGUGGACGUGGAGACAAGGGAAAGAUGAGACCAAAGAGCGAGGGCUUUGAGCUCUACAACAACUCUGUGCAGAACGGCUCGCCUGAGAGCCCCCAGGGCACGUGGGACACCUAUCCUGAACCAAAGAAGGAGGACAGGUUGUUGAAGAACCGUGCAGACCACCGCUCCAGCCCAAACGUGGCUAACCAGGCCCAGAGUCCAGGUGGGAAGCCUGUUUAUCCUGGAGCCCCAGGAAAGAUCACUUCGGUCUCGACGGGUAACCUCUGCCCUGAUGAGGAGCCCUCUCCAACCCAUCCAGAGGCGUAUCCGAUCCCCACUCAGACGUACCCAAGGGAAUACUUCACCUUCCCAGCCUCCAAAUCUCAGGACAGGAUGGGCCCUGGGCAGCCCUGGCAAAACAACGAACUGGAGCCUCUCCCCCCUAUGGAUAACCACUCUAACAACAGCAUGGCUAUGCAGCGGGUUGCUCACUCUCAGGAGGAGUUGUGCGACAUGCCGGGCGGGUACCCAGGUGAACACCUGCGCCAGGAAGACCUGAUGCACCUGCAACAGCAGCGUGAGGCCGAGUACCAGCGAGGCGGUGGCGAACACUGGAACCACCAGAUGUCCUCCUCGGUGGAGUCCAGCACCUCCAGCCAAGAACACCUGAACUACUCGUCAUCCUCUGGCUCCAGGAUCCAAGGCAAUCACAAAAGCGGCCCUGGCCGCUGGAAGACCCCAAUAGCACCACACUCUGGCCCCGUGGGCGUCUCCCAACCUUCCCGUUCAGAUCUUCCACCUCCUCCUCCACCUGCGCACUACGACUACGAGCCGCAAACCAACCUGCCGCUUCCUCCACCACCCUCCGUUACGCAGCAGCAGGCAGCAGCCGCUGCGGCCACUGCCGACCGCAAGAAACGCGAGGAGCAACAGCGCUGGUAUGAGAAGGAGAAGGCCAGGCUUGAAGAGGAACGAGAGAGAAAGAGAAGAGACCAAGAGCGAAAGUUGGUGCAGAUCCGCAACCCUCCCGGCCCAGUCAUGCACAACAACCAGCACGGUCCGCAGCCGCCCGCCCCUCAGCACCAACAGAUGCCCCAUCCACAGCUUCCCAUGCAGGUGCCCCAACCGUACCUUCCACCGGUCCAGCCGCCCCAACCACCACAGCCACAACCCGCUCGACCCGACAAGCUAUCCAGCCUUCCCCGCCAGCCGCCACAGGACACAGUAAUACGUGACCUCUUGCCCCAGCAGCAGCCACGCACCAUUGAGAGACGUGACUUGCAAUACAUCACCAUCAGCAAGGAGGAACUGUCCGCCAGUGACAGCCUGUCGCCUGACCCCUGGAAGAGGGACGCCCGUGAGAAACUGGAGAAGCAGCAGCAGCUUCACAUUGUGGACCUCCUGGACAAGGAGAUCCAGGAGCUUCAGGCCAAACCCGAACGCACGGCCGAGGAGAAUGACCGUCUGCGCAAACUCAUGCUAGAGUGGCAGUUCCAGAAGAGACUGCAGGAGUCCAAGCAGAACGAGGAGGAUGAGGAGGAGGAGGAUGACGAAGAUGUAGACACCACGCUAAUUAUGCAGAGACUGGAGGCUGAGAAGAGAGCACGGCAGACUGCUGUUCCAGCAAUCUCUGUACUAGACUUGCUACAGGACGAGGAGCGACGACGGAAACAGCAGUUGGAGGAAAUUCGUAAGCGUGAGGCAGAAGAGCGAGCCAAACAGGAGGAGGAGAGACGCUGGAGAGAGGAGGAGAGAGCCAGACGAGAGGCCGAGGAGAAGAGGAGACAGGAGGAAGAGUACUACACCCGCCUGGAGGCAGAGCGGCGCCGGCAGCACGAGGAAGCCGAGCGCAAGCUGCUGACGCCAGACGAGCCUGGAUUUAAUUCAUACACUGGAAACACAACAGGACUAGGAUCAGGAGAGAUUUACAAGGACCAGCGAGAGAAGUGGACGAAAGGCGGCCCCGAUCAGGAGAACACAAUAGGAGGAGCUCCAGAGAGCCUGACAUUUAAGGAGCGCCAGAGACUCUUCUCACAGGGAAAGGAAGUGUCGAAUAAAGUGAAAGCGUCCCGAAAGCUCAUGGAACUGGAGAACGAACUGAACAUAAAUCAGUAGUGAAGAGCCCUAGUAGGACUAAUUGCCAAUAUGUGAGCCAUCCCUGGAGAAAAAACACACAAAACACAUCCAGCUGUGGCUUCCCAGUCACUUCCAAAUGUUCUUUUUGGGUUUUAUUGAAUAACUGGACGAUUAAGUAUCAUUUAGCUGCAAUAAGAGACGAUAUUCCUAAAUUCUCUCGAAAGAUAUAUUAUAAUAAAGCACUGUAAAUUGUUUUAAUUAUAUUAAUAAGAAAACUGAAAUGACAUGAAGGGGGUAUAUUUUUGUUUGUGAAAUGUUAUUCAGAAAAUGACAUUCUUUGCUCAUUUAAUUUUUUUUAAUAGGCAGUAAUGUGGGAUAUUUUAUGGUGUUAUUUUAUUCUACAUCUUUCCACUAUUUUUCUUUUGAAAGUAAGUGCCGAUAUAAUAGACCAAUGUAAACAGCUCUGAGUACAUAACAGUGGCCCGCAUUGGUCCUCGAAUAUUAUUGAACAGCUCAAUAGUAGCGCGUGAACGAAACUUAUAUAGGAGGCUCACGGUUUUUUUGUGACACUGUUUAUUAUUUGUAUUUUUCCACCUGGUUCUUCCGCGUUCACUGAUACACAGGCACCUUUCUGCCAAUCUCGUGUCUUCAUUAAAAUAAUUUUGCUCAGAAAUGAGCUCUCGUAA